AUGCCUCUGAAAUUUUGUGAGCAUAGAUGGCUCGAAAACGGUCCUGCGGCCCAAAGGGCCUUAGAAAUAUUAAAUAAUGUAAAGCAGUACAUUUCAUCAGUAGAAAAGGGGCGAUACAAAAGAGCCAAGUGCAAAUCUUAUUUUGUGGUAUUAAAUGCAUGCAAAGAUGCUCCUCUGCCAGUAAAGAUUAAUUUUUUUAUUUCUGUAGUUAGAAUGCUUCAACCAUUUUUAGCAGGAUUCCAAAAGGAUUGGCCAAUGUUACCGUUUUUGGCUGAUGACUUAAAGAAAUUGAUCUACAACCUAUUGGACACUUUCAAAGUUUUGAAAAGUAGUGUAGUGUCAGACAUGAAAAAAAUGUGCGAUUUUUCAAAUGUAAAUUUCGAUGAAAGUAAAAAUAGUAUCAGCAAUAUUUCAGCUUGCUUUGUCGGAAAUAGCUUGCUUAAAAAGCUAGCUGCGCAGAACGAAAUAAGCGACAAAGCUGUUAUGGACAUUCAGCACGACUGUCAGAACUUCAUGAUUGCAGUGGUGAAGAAGAUCUCUAAGAAGUCACUAGUGUCCAACCAAUUUGUCAGAUGUUUAUCCUCCUUAGAUCCAAGGGGGAUAUAUCAAAAUAGUAACAGUUGUCAAAAAAUGAGCAUCAUUCUGAAGGAGUUAGUUUGGUGCAAAAAAAUAAGUGAAGAUGAUUGCGAUCUAAUUCUUUUGGUUUUAAUUUCAGUGGCAAAUGAUGAGUCGUUUAAAAGUUUCGAUGUAUCAACACAACGGUUAGAUGUGCUUUUGAUGAAUCAUUUGUGCACGGUUGAGUAUAUACUGGUGUGCAAAAAUUAA